AUGCCAUCGGCCACAACGAUCACGCUGCAUAUCGUGCUGCCCAAGGGCGGCCGCGAAGAGCUUCUUCUUGUUGCCCAAGACGAGUCAGUCCGCGUCCUCAAGCAGCUCGUCAUGGCGCGGACCGGCCUCGCCCCCGACGAGCAAACGCUGUACUUCAAGGGCAUGUUACUCGACGACGACGCGGUUCUUUCCUUUUACGACAUUGCGGACGGCUACACGCUGCGCCUUGGCCGAACGCGCGGCCGGUCGCACCUCGUGCCGACACUCCAUGCGCGGAAGGCAACCACACCGGUGGCGCUUCGAGGGCUCAAAAGCUGGCGUGCUGUCGUACGCAGUGUCCAGUGGAUCGUCUGUCUCUGGCGGGCGUCGGCCCGUCGCCGCGGCACGGACCGGACGCUUCCGAUGCGUCUACCGAUCGAGCACGGGUUUGCCUAUGAUGUGUCGCCAACGUCGCAGGCCUCGUUGACAGCCGCCGCGCACCAAGCACUCCUUUCCGCCCCUAAUGUGCGGGAUGCCAACGACGCAUCGGCCUUGACGCAAUGGCUGCUCUCGCUCAGUAAAUGCACGUCGUACUUGAUUGCCGAGUGCAUUGCAUCCCACGGUAUGAACGAACGAUGGCUCUCGCAGCUGCACCCAUCGAUAGACGUGACACCGUCGAUGGAGCUGCGGGCGUGCGCUGCCGGUGAUUGUGUGUUCAAGCAAGGUGACGUUGGUGACUGCAUGUACAUCGUCCUUCACGGCUCGAUCACAAUGGCCAUGCACGGCUUUGGCUGCAUUGGUCACUUUGGGCCGGGCACUGUGUUUGGGGACGGUGCGACGCCGGGUGUCGCUGUCGACGGCCAAAUGCAUCGGACGGCCACGGCCCUCAUCGACUACGAUGCAAUCGUCACGCAUCUCGUCGUGCUUCGUCCGGCGCCGGCUGUCGCGGUGCUACGCCAUCAGCUGCACAACAUGCUGCGCGUCAAGCUCAACUAUCUGCACAAUAUUUCGUAUUUUCGGGACUUUUCCCGCGCGAGCAUGGUGCGGCUCGCCUACAGCUGCACGUACACGGCGUUCACGGCCAAGACGCUGCUCGUGGCCCAAGGUGACCGGAUCACCGCCCUCUUCCUCCUCGUUGCGGGAACCCUGACCACGAUGACGCACCUGCCCAAUGCGGCGACCAAAGUGCUUGAUAUGCUCGAAGCGCCGCAGCUGUGUGGCGAAGAGCACUGCGCGGGCAAAACCCGGUCCAGCGUCACCGUGCUGGCGAUGCCCGGCGCCGUUGUCCUCGCGGUGCCACUGCCCCUUGUGGACAUGAUGGCCGUGUACCAUCCCUCGGCGGUGCGUGAAGAAAAAAUACGAUCCCUAAUACCCUAG